AUGGCCGCGAAGGCCGAGAAGUUCGGCGUGAAGCUAGUCAGGCCUCUUCCCGGCAACCUCGUGGCGCCCUUCUUGGUGAGAGGCAAGAAGUAUUCCGCCCGCGCUUACAUCGAGCACAUGGAGCUCUUCGUUUACGGUAGUAAGACCUUGCGGAUGCCCAUCGGCAUCCCAGUGGCCGUGCAGCCCCUGCUGAAGGCCAAGCAGGCCCCCGGCAUCUGGCUCCAGAUGCCGUCCAAGGAUGAGCCUUCGGAGUCUUGCGCACUCGUCGGCAAGGACCGCACGCAGAUGCUCAAGACGUUCGAGGAAAUCCAGCGGCAACUUCGCAGCCUACAGACGGCCUUCCCCGCCAUCGCGCCCGAGCACUACGGCAUGGCCAUCGGCAAGAAAGGCGACCGGCUUAAGUACAUCCACGAGAAGUACAACGUACGCGUCACCGUUCCCAAGGAUGAGUCGCCCAUUACUAUCUCGGGCAAGUCCGAAAGUGUGCGCGACGCCAUCAAGGAGCUGGAGGAGCUCGUGCAGCAAGACGUACCCAAGCAGCACGUGUUUCUCCCGGUGAAUAUCCUUCCCGAAGACCUCGGCGUCGCCAUCGGAAAGGGUGGAAGCCAAUCCUCCAAGGUCCAGGAGGAGUUCGGGGUCAAGCUCUACACCAGAUGCAACAAACACCCUCAGAGCCCGCUGGUGGUCGCAGGGCCUCUGGAAGAAGCCCAGAAGGCCGUGGCCUACAUCGAGCAGUAUGUUGCCGAGAGGCGCUGCCAUAAUGAGGAGCGUGCCGAGAAGCAGCGCCGCCGAGAGGAGGUGAUGGGCACCUUCCCCGUCAACGUCGAGUCCCACCAGAUCGGCAGAGUCAUCGGUAAGGGCGGUUUCCGCAUCAGUUACAUCGCCUCGAGGUACAGCGUCAAGAUCCAGUUCCCUGAGCGGAACAAGAAAGACAGCGCGGUCUUGGUCACGGACCUGAAGGAGGACGCCCAGGCUGCCGCCGCCGUGCUCGAGCUCAUGGCCAACCGCAAGCUGUUGCCCGAGCACAUCCUGGUGCCGCUCCGGAUCAGUCGCGAGGACAACCUCAUCGUGCUCGGCCCCGAGGGCUGCAGGGCCGCCAGGAUCGAGCGGGAAUUCGGCGUCAGGCUUGUAAGGCCCGUCAUCAGCAUGCCUCUGAUGGUCGAGGGCGACGUCGAGGCCGUGACUAGUGCCGCGGCCUUCGUCUAG